AUGGCUGUCACCGCUGCCUCGUAUGGAGAUCUUCGGCAUUUGUUGCCUGCCAAUUACAAGCGUCUCAUCGCCUUGUGGCUGGAGGAAGACUGUCCCAGUUUCGACUAUGGUGGCUUCGUCGUUGGAGAGUCGGAAGCGGGGGCCAGGCUACUGGGCAAGAGCCAGGGCAUCGUAGCCGGCGUUCCUUUCUUCGAUGAAGUCUUUUCCCAAUUGGGCUGCACGGUUGAAUGGCAUGUCAAAGAAGGUGAACCCAUCACCCCCAUCAAACAUUGCGCCACUGUCAGAGGCCCAAUUCGGAAGAUAUUGCUCGGUGAACGCGUUUCCCUCAACAUCCUCGCUCGCUGUUCAGGCAUCGCAACCAAGACAUCUUCCCUCGUCUCGGCCCUCCGUUCGCAUGGAUGGAAUGGUACUCUGGCUGGUACCCGCAAGACCACACCUGGAUUCCGCGUGGUCGAAAAAUAUGGCAUCCUCGUCGGAGGUGCCGACCCGCAUAGGCACGAUCUUAGUUCGAUGACCAUGCUCAAGGACAAUCACGUCUGGGCCUGCGCAAACAACAGAUCUGCCGGCGAUGGUGCUGCUGGCAAGUCCGCUGACUCCAUUGCCGCUGCCAUUCCUCGGGCCGUCCACGCCGCCAAGGCAGCGGCCGGCUUCUCCACCAAGGUAGAGGUCGAGUGUUGUAGUAUCGAUGAAGCCAAUGCCGCCAUUGGAGCUGGCGCGGACAUUGUCAUGCUGGACAACUUCACCGCGGACGGUGUCCGUACGGCAGCUAAGCAACUUAAAGAGACCUGGGCUGGCAAAAACAAGUCAUUCCUGAUUGAGGUCAGUGGGGGCCUCAACGAAACAAAUGCGGCGGCAUAUGUAUGCUCCGAUGUGGAUAUUCUCUCUACGAGUUCCAUUCAUCAAGGAACUGGGAUUGUGGACUUUUCCCUGAAAGUGUCAUUACGGUAG